UACGGGAUUUACAUACAACUAGGAAACGAGUGUUUUUAAAAAUGAUUUCGACGAAAAUCAAAGUCAAAGGUUUCGAGAUAAACUACUUUAAAAUUGGAAACGGACCACAGAAAUUAUUAAUUUUUCCGGGAGCAUUAGGUAAAGUUACAAAUUUUAGACCGCUGACGGAAAACCUCGAUCUAGAAAAAUAUACAAUAUACAUAUGGGAUCCUCCCGGUUACGGUUUCAGUCGACCGCCGAACAGAGAUUUUUCACCGGGAUUUUUAUACCGUGACGCCGACUGCGCCAUUGCCCUCAUGGAGGCUCUGGGCAUCGACAAGUAUUCGGUGUUGGGCUGGUGCAACGGCGGAUGCACCGCUCUGAUCGCAGCGUCCAAAGCCCCCGACCGAGUGAACAAGGUAGUUGUGUGGGGCUGCAACGCGUAUGUCACUGACAAAGAGCUCGACUUCUACGAGACGACGCGCGACGUUCGCAUGUGGUCUGAUGCAAGAAGACUACCGCAGUUCGAAAUGUACGGCGAGGAGUACGUGUCGGAAACUUGGUGCGGGUGGAUAGACGCCUUCCGGAAAAUUCUCGACGACGAUGACGGUGACGUGUGCCGCGGAGUAUUGGCCGAAAUAAACGCGCCCACGCUCAUCCUGCACGGAACAGAGGACACGCUCGUACCGGUCAAACACGCGGUAUACCUGCACAAUCGCAUCAAGGGCUCGACACUUGAAAUAUUUCCAGAUGGCAAGCAUUAUAUACAUAUUAUGUACCCCUUAAAGUUUGUUUUGAUAGUGGAUAACUUUCUUUCUACCAAACAGUAGCUGAGUAGUGCAUGGUAACCACUAAUCACCACCACUUAUCAUGUAUAUAAAAGCUUCAUUGUGUUUCAUUGGUAUUAAGAUUGAAGGCCUAAUAAUAAUGUUUUAAUUAAGUCAAAUUAAUUUAACACUAUUAAAAUUGGUUUAACUUGUAAACUCGACAAAGCACUGUAAUAUAUUAAUAUGCCAUGAAUCAUGAUUAAUAAAUACCACAUUUUAUUCAUUUUUUUUUUUUUAGGAAUGUAAUU